AUGGCGUACCUCCCAGUGACCAUGCUGUUCCUCCCAGUGACCAUGGUGUACCUCCCAGUGACCAUGGUGUACCUCCCAGUGACCAUGCUGUACCUCCCAGUGACCAUGCUGCACCUCCCAGUGACCAUGCUGCACCUCCUGACCAGUGACCAUGCUGCACCUCCCUGUGACCAUGAUGUACCUCCCAGUGACCAUGGUGUACCUCCCAGUGACCAUGCUGUACCUCCCAGUGACCAUGCUGUACUUCCUAGUGAUGAUGGUGUACCUCCCAGUGACCAUGCUGUACCUCCCAGUGACCAUGCUGUACCUCCCAGUGACCAUGGUGUACCUCCCAGUGACCAUGGUGUACCUCCCAGUGACCAUGCUGUACCUCCCAGUGACCAUGGUGUACCUCCCAGUAACCAUGCUGUAACUCCCAGUGACCAUGGUGUACCUCCCAGUGACCAUGGUGUACCUCCCAGUGACCAUGAUGUACCUCCCAGUGACCAUGCUGUAACUCCCAGUGACCAUGCUGUACCUCCCAGUGACCAUGCUGUAACUAACAGUGACCAUGGUGUAACUCCCAGUGACCAUGGUGUACCUCCCAGUAACCAUGCUGUACCUCCCAGUGACCAUGGUGUACCUCCCAGUGACCAUGGUGUACCUCCCAGUGACCAUGCUGUACCUCCCAGUGACCAUGCUGUAACUCCCAGUGACCAUGGUGUACCUCCCAGUGACCAUGGUGUACCUCCCAGUGACCAUGAUGUACCUCCCAGUGACCAUGCUGUAACUCCCAGUGACCAUGCUGUACCUCCCAGUGACCAUGCUGUAACUAACAGUGACCAUGGUGUACCUCCCAGUUACCAUGCUGUACCUCCCAGUGACCAUGGUGUACCUCCCAGUGACCAUGGUGUACCUCCCAGUGACCAUGCUGUUCCUCCCAGUGACCAUGGUGUACCUCCCAGUGACCAUGGUGUACCUCCCAGUGACCAUGAUGUACCUCCCAGUGACCAUGCUGUAACUCCCAGUGACCAUGCUGUACCUCCCAGUGACCAUGCUGUAACUAACAGUGACCAUGGUGUACCUCCCAGUGACCAUGCUGUACCCCCCAGUGACCAUGCUGUACCUCGCAGUACAGCGAGGUGGGGUUUAUCUCUACCCAUGCCCUUCCUCCUCAUAUACUCCUGUCUCGCAUUCGAUACUUCCGUCCCAUCCACUUUGCUCUCCUUCAUCCACUUCCUCGUCUUCGUCCUCCCCUCCUCUCAUUAUUCUCGCUUCAUGCAGCUCCACCGUGACGCAGAGCAUCACCAGGGAACUCUGCGUCACCGUCAUGCUCUGCGUCACCGCGAUGCUCUGCGUCACCGCGAUGCUCUGCGUCACCGCGAUGCUCUGCGUUACCAAGAUGCAGAGCUCCACGGUGACGCAGAGCACCACCAUGGAACUCUGCGUCACUGCGAUGCUCUGCGUCACCGCGAUGCAGAGUUUCACGUUGGUGAAGCUAGAUCAUCAGCAUAA